GGACGGAAGGAACGGCUUUUUUUGCUAGCCCGGCCAUGGACGCAUCGCCGGGCUUGGUCGGCCCCAUGGCGCUCAAGUUCGCCCAGAACAUGUCCUGGAACACGAACGAGGACAAAUUGGCCUUGAACUUCAGCAAAACCGGUGCCGGCGGGGCCCUGGACGACGGCGGGCCACCGUCCCCUUUCCUCAUGGGAGGAGUGCCUUCCAGUCCCUCACCCGACGACAAGGGCCGUUCGGCGGGCGUCGGCGGAGCGACGGCCGGAGGCGUCGGUCCCCUGCUGCCCACGGCACAGCCCGCCGGUUUCCCCUUGCUGGGAGGCAAGCAGCCGGGUGGCUUUCCCCUGUCCCUGUUGUACGGGCAGCCCUCAUCGUACCUGCUCGUCGGGUCGGCGCCCUUCAUGCCGCUGCCGCCGCAGGGAGACCUGUCGCGGGGGCUCCUGUUCCCACCCUUGCACGCGGGAUUCGACCCCCUCGCCAAGGUACUCCAGGCCGAGCGGAUGGCAUCGUGCCUGGACCUAGCGGCCCGCUCGUACGCGCACCAGCAAGCCGCGGCCGCCGCCCACCAGCAGCGUACCGGGGCCAACAAGGGCGGCUCGUCGCCCCACGACGUUCGCAGUCAGCUGCUGGGCGCCCCGACGUUGCCUUUUCCCCCGGGACUGCACGACCGGUGGCGGUCGCCGCACCACGUGCAGGACCUGAUGUCGUCGGCCGGCGACAACGCGGCGUCCCCGCCGUCUCCCUUCGGAACGGACCGCAGCGGCUCGCCCGCCAAGGGCCUGGACCUCAAGAGGACGGACCACCUGGCGGGUCCCCUCGGAUCUCCGAAGUGGACGCUGGGCCAGGCGACCAGCUGUCCCGUUUGCGGUAUCACCUUGGCGCAGGCGCAGAUGGCCGACCACUUCCAGCUCGAGAUGGACAAGCUAGCAGACUUCUACAGUUGUCGCCGGUGGGUCGACCGGACACACGAGGACAGCAUGCCACUGCAACCGGAACCUCAAUCUGCCUGUCGGACAGCCUACGAGGCCGGCAAGCGAUCACCCCUCUCUCGGUGGGAGACCUACCUCAAGGUUCGCGGUAACCGUCAUCAGCGAUUGAAUGCGCUGUGCGGUCGUCGUCGUCGCGCCGAGCUCCCGCUGGACCUACAGUCGGCGGACGGCGGUUCCCCACCGGGCACGCCCCGGAGUAGACCUCCGCCGCUCAAGGUCGAGCUGUCGGACGCCUCCUACGAGUCUGCCGCCGAGCGUUGCCGAUCGGGAUCUCCGGGAGGAGGAGGCAAGGAUCCCCAGUCGCCGUCGGGAAUUCGGGAUCGAACGGGGAGCGCCGACGGGAACGCCGACUCUCGGGGCGGCGGCGAGCAGUCGUCCACAGGGCGUGACGGGUCCCCUUCGUCGUCUGGCGCGGGAGCCGGUGUCGGGAGCAGUAGCGAAACGCCCUGCCCUGAGGAUGGUCAAGCAGCCGAUGAGAGAAGCGCAAGUGCAGACGAAACAGUCAGGUGGAAGUGCGUCGUCUGCUCGGGUCCGUACACAACUCCCGUGGUUUCCGUAUGUUGUUGGCACGUGCACUGCGAACGCUGCUGGCUUCAGACUCUGGGCACGAAGAGGCUCUGCCCGCAGUGCGACGCGGUCACGUGCCCGUCUGACCUGCGCAAGAUCCACCUCUAGGGAGGAAGGAGGGGGCGCCACUUACCACGCUCCGCUUCUUCCCCCCUCUCUCGCCUCCGAAAGGGCAUCGACGCGUCCAUCCUUCGUGCGUCGUCACGUGGUGCGAAGACGACCGUCGGGCCCCGAACGAGCGAGCUCGGCGUCAUUCUUUCAACGACGAAGUGCAAUGGUUCCUCGCCGCCGCGAGGCACAAACGGCCGUGAAAGUUCGCCGCGUGGUGUCGCGGCGUUACGGCGAGUUAUAGUCACGAUGGAGAGAUAUGUCGGGCUGCUCUGCGCACCGGGAAGUGGCGAUCGUAGUUGAUGAACCUCUCGACUUGACAGCCUAUCUGAAUUUGGGGAGCCGACAGCCGGCAGUGCUUAGACCCAGAAAGAGUUAAACUUUAAUAUAAUGCCGAAUUCUACAUGCACGGAAUUCUAGCGAUGCGUGAGCGGUCAUCACCUCUUUGUACAGCAAGGACAGGGCUUCCGAAACAAAAUUUCC